AUGAAUGCUGUGCAGUUUAAAGAACUAUUGACGAAAGUUGGACCAAAAAUUAUGAAAAAGGACACAUUGAUGCGCUCGGCUAUACCGGUUCAUAUAAAGCUCAUGAUUACCUUGAGGUAUCUUGCAACCGGAGGCUCCUUCAAGAGUCUGGAAUUUUUAUAUAGAGUACCAAAAUGUACAACCUCUACAUUUCUGGUAGAAACCUUGGAAGCUAUUUACAAAUCCUUGAAAAAUUUCAUUAAGGUUCCCUCUUCACAAACGCAAUGGAUGCCGAUUGUUCAAGCAUUUUCAACCAAAUGGAAUUUCCCGGGGUGUUUUGGUGCUAUAGAUGGCAAGCACGUUCUUAUACGAAAUCCUCCGGAAAGUGGAUCAGACUACUACAAUUAUAAAGGAUCGUACAGCAUAAUCUUACUUGCUUUAGUAGAUGCCGAUUAUCGGUUCAUAUACAUCGACGCUGGUGCACAAGGGAGGAUUUCAGACGGUGGGUUGUUCCAGGAGAGCUCACUUCUUCGCUACAUGGAAGAAAACCGAUUGGGGAAUCCUGCGGGAACACUCAUUGUUGACGAGAUGGGUGCCGGCAUGGCGGUUUUCACCCUGUUGAAAACCGCCAUGGGCCUGCUGCAACCGACGGGAGGGCUUGUCCAUCCGCACCAGCAUAGGGAAGGCUGA